UCACUGAAUGAGGCGUUUUCUAACGCUCUCACUAAACAGUUGCCUACACGCGAGGAUAAUAUUGUUAUUGUCCGUAACUAUUUAGGCCUUAAUUUGCGUAUAUUUUUGCUGGACAGUAGUGUUAAGAAACGAAGCGCUGAUAAAAGUAGUAAAGCUAUUGCUAAAGCUGUCCAAAACGAGACGCUAGUGAUAAAAGCCGGGGAAGAGAUACCUCUAAUCGCGACAGACCUCAAAGAAAUAGAGCUUAAUAUUGGAGAACAACCAUUACAUUUAGGGCGCGUUAAACCACUUUCUAUUCUGGAACUGCCACUCGAUGCCAUUUACGGAGAAGAUUGUGAGCUUAAAGUGAAACCGUCUGCUGAUUACAAGAUUAGCGAUAAGAUAAUUGAAUGGCGAAACUCAGUCGACAAAAGAAGUUCUGCGAAACUAUGUCUCCCUUUAUGUGAUUCUCCGUCUAAACAGCCUUUGAUUCUGGAGUCGGUGUCCGAGAUUAUUGCCAGCAAUAAGUUCUUCGUUAAAGUCAAAUGUGAUCACAAAGAAGUGCACUUCGAAGACACUAACGCAUCGAAUGUCGAAUCAGUUUUCUAUCAAAUAAAACUCAUACCAAUCGUCAAACUUAAGAAUCUAUUGCCGUAUUGUAUAAGUUAUGCCACCGAAGGAAUCGAUCAGAACUUACCUCUAGAGUCCGGACAAGAAGCAGAUUUGUCUUCUGUUAGACUCGGAGAGACAGGCAUUCAACUGACUCUAAAUGAUUAUUUGGAAAGAGAUUGGAGUUGUUUUAAAGUGAUACCCGGAUAUGGCCCCGAAAGUGAUAUCCACUUAUGGAAGUUUGUGACCACAGGGCAUGAAAGACCACUUUCACUUGAUUUGGCCGUUAAGUUAUCGGUGGAGAACUCAUCCCUAAUAGUCUCUCUAUACGCGCCCUUUUGGAUGAUUAACCGGACGUCUCAGCAAUUGGUUUAUCGCAUCGACGACGAGACGGUCUUAUAUCACGCGCAGACAGUCAUCACUCCCGUCCUCUUGUCGUUCAAACCCAAGAGUUUCUUCUGUAAGAAGAAGUUGUGUCUCUCUAUCGGUGACUCGAGAUUCUCUGACGGCUUCUCCAUCGAUGUGGUCGGAAGUAAAGGCAAUAUAAUCGCCAAAUCAAAGAACGGAAAAUUCAAUUAUUAUGUGUCGGUCGACAUACAACUGUCGCGAAUUGGUUUGAGUAAAAUCGUGACAAUAACGCCCUUCUACUCGAUAAUUAAUGUGUCGUCGAGUGCUCUGGAAGUGUCUGAAGACAACGACGAGUGGUUCCCAAUUGGCAGCCUAUCAAACAAUGCCUUUUGGCCCAAACGAACCAAACAUCAGCAGAUUUUCUUGAGUUUGGAUUCUAAAUCUUCGUCUUCACAACCUCUGUCAUUGUCUGACUCGUCAUCCACUUUGGUUGCGGUCAAUGGGCUGUACUUCUACGUUGACAUCGAUAUCAGCGAAUGGGACGCAACCAUCAAAAUAAGUGAUUAUUUUGAUGGUUCGGCGCCCGUUAUGUUAGUGAAUGCACUGAACACUCCCAUCAUGUUUGGCCAAAAAGGAGUGACUGUCUGGUCAUCAAAAACUGGUGAACAGAAACACGUGAAUACAUUGCCGGCAAACCAUUCAGUUCACUACACAUGGGAUUUGCCUACUGGUGUCCGUCAACUUGUCUGGAAGUCAAAUGAUAGAGUCGAUGAACAGAUGGUUGACUUGAAAUGUGAUGCAUUGCUUGAAGUAGACGUCUCUCAAGAUAUUCAUCACACAAAAGUAUUUGUGGUUUCAUUCCUCGACGGAAAACAAAGAGUUUUGUUGUUUACAAACGACUACUUAUUAGCGACGAAUGCACUUCAGGCGGGAGAGAUAACUAAACCCAAAAUCAAUGUUGAGUUCAUAAUGAAAGGAAUUGGUCUUUCGGUUGUCAACAAUGAUAUCAAUAAAGAGAUCCUUUACAUAGCGAUCACCAGACGUCUGGCAAACCGAGGCAUAUGGGUGUCCAUUGCUCUGUCCGAACACAUCGUACAGUUUCAUAUGAAAGUGAAUCGCCUACAAAUCGAUAACCAAAUGCCGGACCAUAUAUUCGGGAUCGUUAUGUGUCCGGUAGCGCCGCCCAAAUCCGUUGUUGUUGAUCAGUCGCCUAAGAGUUUCAUAGAGUUGUCGACAAUUAUCAUAAGACAGGCGACAAUGAAUCGAUUCAAAUACAACUCGUUUUUGAUUCAAGAAUUUCUCAUUCAAAUUGACGGCGGGUUGUUGUCAGCGAUUCAGGAGUUGACUGAAGCGGCCGUCAAAAAGGAAGACAACACUAAAUUGAUUGCAAAAGACAUCAGAGAUAUUCUUGCGAUGAGUACAAUCACAGAAUCGCUGCUGUCGUCGCGUAAAAGUUAUUACGAUUUUAUUCACUUCUCUCCCCUCAAAGUCCACUUGAGUUUCUCAAUGGCCGGCGCUGCGGGCGGACAGUUGCCGCUCGGACUCGACUUCUUUGUGCGGUCGGCCGGUGUGACGCUCACCGAGUUUAACGACGUUGUCUUCAGACUCGACUAUUUUGAGCGCAAAAACCUAUUACUCGAGAAUUCAGAGCUCAUCUCAGUUGUGACCAAACACUACACGACUCAAGUGCUCAAACAGUUUUACGUUUUGGUGUUAGGACUGGAUUUGAUUGGAAAUCCUAUGAAACUUGCGCUCGGAUUGACUGAAGGCGUCGGCGACUUCUUUUACGAACCAUUUCAGGGCAUAAUUCAAGGCCCGGGAGAGUUCGCUGAGGGUAUAAGCAUUGGUGUCAAGUCUUUAGCGUCGAAUGUUGUCGGAGGAGCUGCCGGUGCUCUCGGAAGCAUUACUAAUACAUUAGGCGAAGGAGUGUCGGCGCUGUCCAUGGAUGACAAGUUUAGACGAGAACGUCGCUCGCGAUUAAACCGAAAGAUUGGGUUCGCAGAGAGCGGUAAAAAUCUAUUCAAAGGUGUCAUCUCUGGAGUGACUGGAGUUAUAACACAACCCAUUGAAGGCGCCAAAGAAGAUGGCAUCGAAGGUCUGUUCAAAGGGAUGGGUAAAGGCGUUGUGGGUAUCAUUGCUCAACCGACUACCGGACUCAUCGAUUUCACUUCGGGUUCACUGCAAGCCGUAAAACGAGCUGUAGAUGCCAAGCAAGAGGCCAGACAGAUGCGUCCGCCCCGGUAUGUCGACCACGACGGCAAACUAAGGCGAUAUAACAGACAUUACGCCUCAGGCCACACAAUUCUAAAGGAAAUGGAAAGCGGGAAGUAUUCGACGGAUAACUAUAUAAUCCACGUCAGUCUCGGCCCAAACGCUUUGAUUAUGUUGUCCGACAAACGGCUGAUGGCAGUCAAGAAGGGUAUGAUGUCUCACAACUGGGAGUCUGACUGGUCUGAAGACUGGUAUAACUGUCAUAAAGUUGCCAUUUCUGACGACGGAAUGAAACUUAGGAUCACAACUAAGGAGCAAAAGAAAAAGUUUGGAAUAUUUUCUGGUGAUUCCGAUCGUAUAAUUACCACCAAUUCAUACGAUACAAGUCAGAUAAACUCUUAUGCUUUAAAUGUCCAC